AGGAAUAGUUAGAAAACAUUUUGUCAUGAAGUAAUGCAGCAAUAGCACGGUAUAUUCAACACAAUAGCAGGAAUACAACAAGAUACUUUAAAAUAAUUGGAAUCAGAUAUGCAUCCAAUAGGUUUUUAGUUACUCGUUGAUAUUUUGUUUUUCCAUAUAAGCAUUUAAAGCCCUCUAUAUAUAGAGACGAGCAUUGGCAGGGAACAUGCACUUUCCUGAAAUGCAUUCCUUAUAACUCGUUGUGGUUGACAUUUAUAGAUUUCCUAAUUAAUACAGAAAUAAUAGCAGCUUCACACAUUUCCUCAGAGCAAUUUACCCGUUGGUAUCAAACAUUUCUUAUGCGUUUAUUUGUACAUUUGUAACGUAAACACUACCUGUAACAAUUGCCUAUGAGUGGCAGUUAAUCAGCUGGAAAAUAAUCUGUAGUAAUUUAAGCAUUUAAUACUACUUGAUUUCCUUCAUAAAUGACAAACAUUUGAAAUCUGAUAUAAUUUCUUAAAUAUGCAAGCAAAAAUGAUAUGUCAAUGGUAUGUCGCAGAUAUGGUGAUGUAGUAUUCUGGUUAGGUGUUCAUGCUUCCAUUUAGUUGUUAUUUGGAACAAUAUUUUGUUGGUAAAGCAUAUUUCUUUGCUGCUGUGAGCACAAGUUAAUCCACAUUAUAUCCAAAACUACUUGCCAUCCUUGUGAGUGCAUUUUGCAGCUUCCACCACUAGACUGCAGCACCUGACCGCCUGCAGGGGUUCAGCUUCCACCUGAACAUGUGUGCUGCAGCUGCACUGAAAGCAUCUGAAGAGGAGGCUGUUUCCCCACAAUCCAGGUCAACUACAGAUGCUGAUGAUUCACCUCGUGCAUCUGCAGAGACGUGAGGACUCGGACUGUAAGUGACCCAGGAUAUACAGCGCGACUUCCUCAUUCAUCGCCUUGUGUUCGAUGUGACGGAGGCACACACUCCUGAAAACAAGAACGAAAACUGACAGCUCGAACGCAACAGAUACACACACACACAAAUACAGAAAGUCCGGUGUUCAGCUUCUCUCCCCGAUGAAGUGACCGACCUGGAGGAGUUUGGAGUGAGAUAUCUGGAGCAUCAGGACUGAAGGUCGGGUAGAAAACACUGCAACCAUGCUCCGGCAGUCUCUGAACAUCCUGAUGCAGUUCGGCUCUGCUGCAAAGUCACAGGAUGCCACUGAACUGCUGCACGAGGACCUGGUUAUGGUGGAGCAGCGGGUGGAGCCGGCUAAGAAGGCGGCUCAGGUUCUGCACAAGAAGCUGCAGGGCUGCAUGCACAGCAACACCGGGCUGGAUGCCGAGAAACGGAUGAAAAAGCUUCCUCUGAUGCUGCUCUCUGUCAGCAUGGCGGAGAGCCUCAAGGACUUCGAUGCCGAGUCCUCCAUCAGGAGGGUGCUUGAGAUGUGCUGCUUCAUGGAGAAGAUGCUGGCCAGCAUGCUCGCAGACUUUGAGUUGAAAGUGGAGAAAGAAGUUCUGGAGCCGUUAAACAAGCUCAGCGAGGAUGAUUUACCAGAGAUCCUCAAGAACAAGAAGCAGUUUGCAAAGCUCACUACAGACUGGAACAACGCCAGAACCAAGAGCCAGGCCAGCACGGGUCCUCAUGCAAAGCAGGAAGGGCUGAGGGAGGAGGUGGAGGAAGCCUGGAGGAGGUUAGAGAGCAUCAAGGAUCAGUACUCUGCAGAUCUGUAUCACUUUGCAACGAAGGAAGACGACUACGCUAACUAUUUUAUCCGUCUUCUCGAGCUGCAGGCCGAGUAUCACAAACACUCCCACGAGUUCCUGGACAAAAACAUCAGCGAGCUCAAAGAGAACCACAGUCAGAAAGGGUCACAGAUGAGCCUCUCCAAUCAGAAGGUGUACGGCGAGCAUCUGCUCUCUCAUCUGUCUCAGAGCAACAGAGAAAUCGCUGUUCCCAUCCAGGAGUGCAUCCACAUGCUGCUGAGGACAGGCAUGAGUGAGGAGGGUCUGUUUCGUCUGGCCGCCGCUGCCUCGGUGGUGAAGAGGCUGAAGAUGUGUUUGGAUCAGGAAGCGGUGGACCACAGCGAAUUCAGCAUGGACCCUCACGCUGUGGCCGGAGCUCUGAAGUGUUACCUGCGAGAACUUCCCGAGCCCCUGAUGACCUUUGAACUCUACAAUGACUGGUUUAAAGCAGCAGGGGAAAAAGACCAGCCAGAGAAACUGGAGCAGUUCAGGGUACUACUGAAGAAACUGCCGCCUGAAAACUACAACAACCUCAGGUACCUGGUCCAGUUCUUGUCUCUGCUGUCGGAGCAGCAGGCUGUAAACAAAAUGACGCCGAGUAACAUCGCCAUCGUCCUGGGGCCCAACCUGCUGUGGCCCAGAGCUGAAGGGGAAGCAGCUCUAUUUGACAUGGCCUCAGCUUCUUCAGUCCAAGUGGUGACGGUCAUCGAGCCUCUCAUUCAGAACUGCUCCAGCCUCUUCCCUGAAGAUAUAUCUUUUGAGAUCCCAGUCCCUCCCGAGGUGCCGGAUGUGUCUCUACCAAUUCCUGUGUCCCAGAUCCAAGAAAACGAGAAACUGAGCAGAACCGUCUCCUCCUCUUCAUCCACAGCCUCCUCCUGCUCGUCCUAUCACACCGCUCUCUCAAAGUCAAACAGCACAGCCUCUCAGGACAGCGGCGGCUUCUUCCUGGUGAAGUCUGGCUCUGUGAGUCGCAGCGGCACCUCCACGUGGGCCAGCCCCGCCGCCGACACACCAAACCAUCAGAGCGCAACAUCGGGCAGCUCGUCCUCCCUCGAUCCGGGGCCCUCCGCUGCCGGCAGCUUUACGGCUCUUCCUAAAGCAACGGGAUCAGCUGCAAACCCGGGUCCGGUCGGGAGUCCCACCCAGAAGCACAGCUCGGAUCCAAUCCAGCUGGAGCCGAUUCUGGAGGCUCCUCCGGAGUCUCCGAGGGCUUUGGUCAAAAUCUCCCAGCCGUACAAACCAAAGAGAUCUUUCAACAUGGUCAAAACCAACCAGGGGAACGAGCAGUGUUCAGUUCAGUUCUCUAAACCCAAACCCCCGGCACCUCCGAGGCUCCAGCCACCCCCCCUCGGCAUCACAGCCUCGGCUCCGGCCCCAGCUCCAGCUCCGGCCCCAGCUCCAGCCCCGGUUGAUCCAGACACAAGGACCCCUACAGCCCCGCCUACACCAGCACCCCGAGCGCUGGAGGCUAACCUCAGAAAGCCUCCUCCCAAAAAGCCUGGACUCAAAGCUCCGAAGUGCCCUCCACCACUUCCUCCAGCUUCACAGGCAAAAGAGGUUCCUUCUUAAGUUCAGUGAGAACAUUUUCACACAUAUGCACUGAAAAAACUGAACCGUUUCCUUUCUUUAGAUGUAUUAUGUGAACAAAUGUCCCAUUGUUACGUUAGUUGAAAGCGAAAAUGAUUAAGUUGAACAUAAUAUUUUGUAUUUAAACUUGAUAUUUUUGCUUUCAACUAACCUAAUAGAGUUCUUUCAGUGCCGUAUUCAUAAAUCAGGUGGAUUUUAUUGUUGUAGUUCUUUAAAAAGGACCUGAAAAUCUCUUUGUUACAAAAGAUUUUCAAUAUUUUCAAUCUUUGCUGUUGAAUAUAUUCGCGUUUUGCAGCUUAAUUCCCUUUUUUCUGUCCUGUAAACAUCUCAGGAACCAGCUAUAUUUAUUUAUUCUUCAGUGAAAGGUGUCCUAUCUUUCCCGGAACGCACAGCAAUUGCAGGAUUAAAUAAUAGCUAUGCAGUUAAUGUGACAACCAGCCAUCCAAGACCAAAUUUGGGUUGCUGUUAGUAGUGUUUUUAGGGAGGAUUUUUCUAUAGAUCUGCAGAAUAAAAGAUUAAUUUAGGUAUGGGAAAACAUGUAUGAACCUUGAGGAUGGAUUGAGGUUUAAUGUAAAUAACAACUGUUAACUCAUAGAAAACACCGUGUUUCUUUUGGUUCACUUUACUAGUUCAACUCCAUGUUCAACCGUACUACAAUCACAGUCGUUUCCGUUUCUCAAUUUCUUUAUGAUCUCAGUCAAUGUUUGAUUGUGACGUUCACAAAGUCCAUUACUCCAAGGGCUGUACGCAGCUGUUGUCUUCACUUCGAUGUUAAAGUUACCUGCCAUAUCUCUGACCUCAUCAUUGUUGAACUCUCCUCCAUUGUCGCUGAACAGCUUCUGAGGUGGGCCAUGCACGCUUAUCCAGUCAUGAAUGAAGUGUUUAACAACAACCACCUUCCAGUCCACAAUAAACACUGUAAAUAAAUGCAUCUCCAACCUAAUUAAAAACACCUUUAUUGUCAUUAA